UCAUAACCGUUGGAUAAAGAAACCAAUCCGACGGUUGAGAGAAAAACCCUAACAAUAUCAAAACCACUCGCAGUUGCCUCUACUCUCUUUCUUGUUCUUCCUCAUUUCCAUUCCCCAGUUCAUCCCGAAACCCUUCGUUCUCCAGGUAAUGGCUCCUAAACCACCAAACACCGGUCUUAUUGUUGGCCUUAACAAGGGUCACAUCGUCACCAAGAAGGAAUUGGCUCCCAGGCCAUCAGACAGAACAGGGAAAACUAGCAAGAGGGUACUCUUUGUGAGGAGUAUCAUCCGAGAGGUUGCUGGAUUUGCUCCAUAUGAGAAGAGAAUCACUGAGCUGUUGAAGGUUGGUAAGGACAAGCGGGCACUGAAGUUGGCAAAGAGAAAGCUCGGAACUCACAAGAGGGCAAAGAGGAAGAGAGAGGAGAUGUCAAAUGUUCUCAGGAAGAUGAGGUCUGCUGGUGGUACCGAGAAGAAGAAGUGAUCUACGAGGAGUUCAAUUUUUAUCCUAUAAUUUUAGUUGUAGUAGUGUGCUCUUUUAGCUCUACAAAACUUGGGAAUUAAAUUAAAAAUUUUGCUGUGUUGGUUUUUGAACGUUUGCCAAUUUACCAUUAAUGAGUGAGGAGUUGUUAAAUAUCUGCUGAGUAUGAAAUUCUUAUUCCAUA